UCGCCUUCCCUCUCCCCGGCGGCGCACCUGCUCCGCGGCGCGCUCCGUCCGCCAUGGGGGGCUCCCUGGCCCCCAACAGCUCCCUCCUCGCCACGCCCAGGCCGGGCUCUCCGCAGGGCGGCGGCGGCGCUGGCGGGCCCGGCGCUGCUUCCUCUCCGUCCGGGGAUGGGCCGGGCUACCGUGGCUGCGAGAACGGGGCCCUGAUGGACAGCUUCGGCAUCUUCCUGCAGGGGCUGCUCGGGGUCGUGGCCUUCAGCCUCCUCAUGCUGAAACGCUUCAGAGAACCAAAGCAUGAAAGGCGUCCUUGGAGAAUUUGGUUUUUGGAUACUUCCAAACAAGCCAUAGGGAUGUUGUUCAUCCACUUUGCCAAUGUGUAUUUAUCAGACCUUACUGAAGAGGACCCUUGUUCACUGUACCUUAUCAACUUUCUGCUGGAUGCCACCUUGGGAAUGCUGCUAAUUUACGCUGGUGUGCGGGCAGUAAACAGAGUUGUUGAAUGGCAGCAGUGGGAUUCCCUUCGCUUUGGUGAAUAUGGUGACCCCCUUCAGUGCAGUGCUUGGGUGGGCCAGUGUGCAUUGUACAUAGUGAUCAUGAUGUUUGAGAAAACCAUCAUCAUCAUAGUUCUCCUAAUACCUCAGUGGAAAGAGGUAGCUGUAUUGAAUCCUAUAAAGAAUCCUCAAUUGGAGCUGGCUAUUGUCAUGCUAAUAGUCCCCUUCUUUGUAAAUGCAUUCAUGUUCUGGGUAGUUGAUAACUUCCUUAUGAAGAAAGGAAAAACAAAAGCUAAACUUGAAGAAAAAGAAGCUGGGCAGGAUUCAAGGAAUGGAAGCAAAGUUCGAUACAGAAGAGCAGCCUCGCACGAAGAGUCUGAGUCAGAGAUCCUAAUUUCAGCAGACGAUGAAAUGGAAGAAUCAGAUGUUGAAGAGGAUCUUCGGAGACUGACUAACUUAAAGUCUGUAAAGAAAAAGAAGCACCGAUUUGGUCUGCCUGUAUGACAGAUUCUGUGGCCUGCACAUUUGCGGGUUUUAUGACAGAUGCUUCUAUGGACAGUGGAUUUUUCACUUGGCAACACUAUGCUUAUUGCCUGGAAACUGACUCAGAAGAAACAGAACAUGGAUAGUUGGGAAAGCUACCUGUUCAGUUGCACUAUGGAAACACUGACCAAAUAUGCAAGAGUACCUUUUCAUCAUGGGUGGAAAAAUUCUUGUUACCAAGGCGAUUUGUACGCAACCCUUUCGGAAAAGGCGCCAUAGAGCACCAUUGUUUCUACUAUGGUUCCUGAACGAUAUUAUGAGAGAGACGUCGGAUUAGCAACAUUUGAAUCAGUAUGUUUUAUUACUUAAAAAAACAAAGGCUUUUGCAACAUAUUCCUAGGACAGAAUAGUUUUGCAGUUACAAAUCGUAACUUACCCUGUAAUAUUCUUAUGUAACUUUACUUCUUAAGGGUACUUUUGGCUGUCAAAAUUGCCCCACCCUCCUACCCCAAAGCUCCUCUAACCUAUUUGAACUUUUAUAUUUAAGUUAUAUUUUCAUACUGGGAUAUUUAAGGAUUGUGUUUGUCAAAGAAAAUUAUGUUGUUACUUUCUGUGCGUGGUGAAAAGGUCAAAAAAGUGCAGCAAAAAAAUAUAUUAUUUUUCAUUGUGUCUGUCGUAUAAAGGAGAGUCAUGUGACAAAGGGAAAUGGUGGCCAAGUGGCUACUAGUUACACAUGGCCUUGAAUGGGAGAUCUGCACAAGCCUGGCUAAACCAAAACACAGUGAAAGGCAGCAAGUACUUGGCAGAUUAAGUCCCUGGUCACUUCUGUGACCUGAAGACCAUUUGGUGUAUACAUGGUCCUGUGCACUUUAGCAUAAAAGCAACAAUAAUUGGCAAUUCUAUUUGUCACCGAACAUUUUAGAGACCUCAGCAAUGUUGGUUUCUUAAGUACUUGCAAGUCUUCUGAGCCCAUAUCUCAACUAUUCCAAAUCUCAAGCAACAUUCCUUUUCUAUAUAUAUGAUAUUACAAUCUUUCCUUGAAACGAUAACAGUUGGGCCUUCAUGUGAUCGACAACUAUGAAUAGUGAUGUAACAGGAUUUGUAAUUCUGUUCUUCCUUAGAGUGUUUCUUAGUGCUACAAAGUGUGCUGAUCACUUCUAGCAGUAACUCAUUCCUCAAUUUCCUAAGAACAAAAUAAGGCCAGAAGUAACAGCACCUAAUACGUAUAUUCACCCAUUAACAACAUCAUGGUAGUUGCUGCUUUUGUUGUUCUGCUAUCCUAUGGUAACUGAGAAUAUCUCUCUUGUCAAUGGAAUACUUGCCUACCUGAUAUGGUGCCCACAACUUAUUUCGAUGCUAGUUACUUACUGUUUGGCAGUUUUCCAUGCUCAUUUAAAUCUUUGAUGCAACAAAACAGCAAAAGUGUUUUCAGAAUAAGAAGGGGGGGGGAAUGCAAAUCUGUAAUUUAUGGUAUCUGAAUAUCAGACUGUAUUUCAAGCCUUACAACACUGUCAACGACAGGAGCUCGGACUUUUCAGAUAUAUUUUUUUACAGUUUUUAUAUGUGUAGUCUGUCUUAAAUGUGGUCGGCUACACAAGCAGCUGGUGUGGUGGGAUAUCACUGGACUUUGGGAUGUACAAUACAAGGCUCCAUUGUUGCUUUUUGCUAGCUUGACAGCGGUAGUUCUGAGGGGAGUGACAUUUGCCUCACUUGCCCUGCUGCCCAUAAGAAGCAUCUUAGUGGGUGAUGCAUUUCGGAACUACAUAAUGAAUGGUGGGGGUUGUUUCUUUUGCACAGCAUCGUAUCUGCAAUACGUUGUUACAUGUUGGUGUUCAGGCUGAAAACAACGGGAAACAAUGCUUAUCUCAAUAUAAAGUUGAGUGAAGCCUCUAUUAGGAGGCGGGGAAAUGCCUGUUCUCUCAAGAAUCACACCUGAAGGCAGGUUCCAUCACACCUUUGUGAGAUUCUUGGGGACAAAUUAGAUGUUUUGGGGAGGCCUUCCCAAUACAUCCACAUCCUUAUCCUUAGUAAGAUUUAUAUGCAAAUAACAUGUAUGGGCCUCCUCUGAAUUGGGGCCAAAGCAGAGGGGAAAGGAUUAAAGCACCUCUCAUCUCCCUCAUGCCUGGGUCCCUGUGCAGAUGGGGUGGUCCACACCUGUAAUCUAUUUUUAAAAGUUCAUUCAGGGACUCAGAAUUGUGUGGAUGGCAUCAGAAUGGCAGAUACGGUAAUUUAACUUACUUUAUCUGAGGUAGUGAAACAAACCGAGAUGAAACCAUAGGCCAUUUAUUUACUUUUCAGUUCUAAUAAUACCUAUGUAGCUGACUAAAUCCAAAAGCUUAACUUUAUUCAUUUCUUCCUGUGGCUUCAGUUACAUGAAAUGUCUGUUUUAAACAGUGUUGGGAUGGGGAAUUGUAAAAAAUGAACCCAAAGCCUUAAUUGUGUUAAAUAUUCCAACUUAGAGGAGACCUCAGAUUUACCAUUUUAUUGAACAGUAUGAGGCAUCGGAGAGCAGCUUAAUUCAAAAACCUAAAGAAUAAAAGGUUCGGCUUUUUUGCUGCAUUGUUCUAUUUCAUGGUGCUUUUUGCCUCUUGCAGCUUGACAUGAUGAAGCAGUGCUGGCCAAAGAUGGGUUUAAAAUGCUCAUAUGUCAGUAAGUGUGCAUGGACCACAUUUAAGAACAAUAAAAAUGGCCUUUGUGGGUCGCAUCUAGGUCUGUGUUUCCCGCAGCAGUCAGAUUCCUCUAGGCCAGCCUUUCUCAACCUUGGCUCCCCAUUUGUUGUUGGACUACAACUCCCAUAAUCCCUGACCAGGGGCCUCCUGGCAUGGGAUGCUGGGAGUUGUAGUCCAACAAUGUCUUGAGGACCCAAGGCUGAGAAAGGCUGCUCUAGCUGUUACGCGGGACAUGGUUGUCACGGCUAUUAGAUCAGUUGUCUGUAAACAUCCACAAAGCUGUCAAAGCUAGUGGUCAUUGCUACAUCACAUCAGAGUUAACAGGUGAAGAAGUUGGAGAAUGGCUUGAAUUUUGCUGUAAGCUCUUCUGUAAAAGAAACUAAUUGCUUUUGUAAAGGUGCAAUAGAAUAAAGGAACAAUAAUUUUGAAUGGGGGCAGGGGCAGGAUCCAGCCUAGCUGAAAUAGGCUAUGUUUUGUUCUUUACAGUGCUGCCUUUUUGCUUGCACUUAGAUUGAUUUUGGGUGUAUUGGCUUGCUCUUCAGCGAGUUGUGGCAGGUUGAAGAGGGCAGAGGAAGUAGGCGAAACCUAAGUCGAACUCUGAAGGUCAAUUUGUAAAGAUCUCGUCACAAAAAAAGUGUAGGCUACUUCAGUCUGUGCUUGAGAAACCUGAUUCUAAUGUGAUCCAGUUCUUUCUACGCUUACCGGUAAAACAAAAAUAGUACCGUGUGCUGAAUUCAAUGGAGAGACUAUGAGUUUCCCCUUGCCAAAUGGAUGAGAUCCAAAAAUGAAAGAGACCAUGAUUUGCCUCGUUGACUGUGCAUGAUAUCAUGUGCCCGACAUAUUUAUUUGGGACAUCCUGUGGUGGUUAUGUAGUCAUCAUUUUCUGUUUUUAAACAUAUUAGUGUCUCCCAUACUAUGUUUAAAUGAAAUGCUGUGUGUUAAUGUUGCUGGGAAAAAAUGUGUUCCAAGCUUCUCUUCAGGGAAAAGACCUCAUACUCGUUGAUUUGUGAACUGAACUACAGCAAUGCAAAGUGUUCCAAAGGCAUUCCCCUCACAAGCAUGUGCUUGGUUUUCAGCUAUGCCUUGCUGGAAGGAGAGCGGUGGGAGGAGGGCUGUUCAGCCUUAACAUUUCCUAUUUUGAAAUCUGGGCAUCUUCGCCCCUGUGCAUGGCUAAUUGCAGCUCUGCGGCAUCCGUACAAAAGCAGUGUGGUGGUGAACGCAACAAAACCAGCCACAUCGGCCGAUAGGAAACUUGCAAUACAUCAAAACUUUUGUAAAAGUUUCCAGUUAAAUGACAGGAAAUUACUAUGGUUUUACAAAGCAAAUGUGGUGUUUUUUUUAAAGGGAUACUCUUUGCAAUUAGGAUUUUUGGGUGCAUCUGGGAUUCUAAAUAAAAAGUAGGUCCCUUGAAGUUAAAAAUGCAAGUCAAGAUGUCCUCCGGAUCAUGUUUAACUUAUGGUGUUUCAUUAAAAUGGAAAGAAUGUUAUGUACCUAAAUCAUGGUUUACAAUAAAGUUUUGACUUAAUAAAGAAAUGUCCCUAGCUCUCUUCACUUCAUUACCUGCAUAUUGGAUUUAUUUAAGAUACAGUACAGUUAACUGGCGGGAGCAGAUACUGCAAAGGGGUUGAAUCUGGUCAUCCAAUGGUCAUUUCUUAACUAUUUUAUUAAAGAUGGCCCCACAUGAAGAGCAGUGAGGGAGUCCAAUGUAAAUUGACUCAGUGCAUGAGUUACACCUGAGACCUGGUUCCCUUUCUCCAGGUAGGGUUGCUGCAGUCAGUAAAGCAGUUGAAGCUGACAAAGGCGUUCCCAGCCACAGAGACCAUGUGUGUACACAGAGAUGGUGUCAGUUGUAGGAUAACCCCCUAACCUGUACUUGGUACUUCAGGAAAGGUAUAACACAGGCAUCCCCAAACUUCGGCCCUCCAGAUGUUUUGGACUACAAUUCCAAUCAUCCCUGACCACUGGUCCUCUUAGCUAGGGAUCAUGGAAGUUGUAGGCCAAAACAUCUGGAGGGCCGCAGUUUGGGGGUGCCUGGUAUAACAUCAUCUAAGACAGGUUGAAUAUCUCCAUCCAGAAUUAGAGUUCCUAAUCAACAGCUUGUCUAGAUGAAGCUUCAGCUUGUUUGCCUUCAUUCAUAUCUCCUUCCCCUCAGCUGUACUUAGCAAGGGCUACUUCUUGCUUUUGGAAUUCAGCUGGAGAGAGUAGUAGAAAUUGAUAUUAAAAUGGCCCAGAAGAUUGACUUUUUGCUGAGGAGAAUUAGCAACUAGAAAGUUCAAGCACCUCAUUUUCCCCACUUCAAUUUUCUCCACAGUGAGUGUCCCUACCCCAACAUUAUGGAGCAGUGGGGGAAAGACUCCUUUUUACCUUCAUUACAACUAGUUCUGCCCUACUGGCUUUCCAUGAG